AUGUCGAGUCCGGAAAACGUAUUGUUGCCUGAUGGGCGACGGAUUGGGGAUCUGAAGGUGGCUGACCUUCGAACUCAGUUAGAAAUAAGAGGACUGAGUAGAUCAGGUGUAAAGAAGGAUUUGUGCGCACGCCUCUCAGAUGCUGUUGAUACCGAACUGCAACAGACCAAGAUGGAGGCUACAGCAGCCCCACAACCUGUAGCGUCAAAUGGUUCUUCAGAAACUAACACACAAAAUGAGGAUGCUCUAGAAAUUGAUGCUGUUGCCUCAGAUGAAGAAAUCACUGAGUUGUCUGCACCUAACGAAAUAAGCAUAACCGUGGAGCAUGACAUUUCUAAAAGUGAGGAAAGUGUGUGUAAGUCCACGCCUACGCCUGCCUCUGCUUCUCCUUCCCCUUCUCCUUCUCCUUCUUCUGAGUGCACAACACAGAAUAGUGAAAUGACGACACCAGCAGCUGCAGUUCUAGCAGUAGCUCCGAAUGUGGACGAUGCACCUGAAAAUGUCGGGACUACUGUGGAUCAACCUAUUUCUACUGCUGUAAAGGAUAGUAAACCAGAGAUAGAAAUUCAACCACAACGUAGAAGACAAUGGGGAUCACGUUCGAUCCCCAGCACUCCAUCAUUAUCUUCAGAGUCUUUAGAGAAACUAAUCCCACCCUCUGCAUGUCCUGGUGGUGUUGGUUGGGUAAGAAGUAAAAGUUUAAUUGUGACUAAUAAUGAGAAUGAAACUGACGUGUCAAGCGAUUCAACAGCUUUACAAGAUAUGUUGAAACCUUCUUUAGACAUUCACAAUGAAAACUCUACUACCACGACUACUACUAUUGAUAUUAAUAUUGAAGAAGCUGGAAAUGAUAAACUCUAUCAUACAAUUGAUGACGACAAGGUGAAUAUUUGUGAUGAUAAUGAUCAAGAUAAGGAUAAGGAUAAUUUGUCUUCAAUUAAUCAUAAUGAAAUGAACAAAAUGCCAACAGCUACAACACCACCACCACCAACAACUACUACUUCUACAUCUACUGAUAUAAACAAAACUUCUGUACAACUUGAACGUGAAGUUGAAUUAGAAGUUGAUGCUGUUGUAGAAAGUAUGGAUACUGAUGAUGCUUUAAAUGAUUCACGUACAGUUCAUUUAUCAACAGAUAUUAGCCCUAAAUUAGAUGUAAUAAUAAAACGUACAAGUGGGGGUAGUGGCGCCAGUGCCGGUGGUGUUAGUUCUAUGGGGAAACAAUCAUCUACAGAUCGAAAAGUAAUAACAGCAAAAACAACAACAACAACUACUACCACUAGUACAGCUGCUGCACCACUAACUUCAUCAUCAUCUCGUGUCGGUCAGUCGUCGACGUUGACGUCAUCAUCAUCAUCCACAGUGAAAAAGACUUCUUCAUCACCAAGUAAACGUAAAGGUCCAAAAGAAACCAAAGCUGUUGGUUAUUUAGUUGAACCACCAGAGCGUAUUGAACCUGUUCAACCGGCUAAACAUCCACAGACAGAUAUUGUUUAUAUUCGUUUUCUUGUCCGUCCAUUCACUGCUGAACAAUUACGUCAAAUGGUUACAACACAUUAUGGUCCUGUUGUUGAUCUAUGGCUAGAUAAAAUCAAAUCAUCCUCAUUAAUACGUUUACAGACUGUAGAAUAUGCUGAGAAAUGUCGUGAAGGAUUAGAUGGUAGUCGUUGGCCAUCUAUGAAUCCACGUGUCCUUCGCUGUGAUUAUGCCAGUAUUGAUUUAUUCGAAUGGAUGAAAGUCAAUGGUGAUACAAGUGAUGCUGUACCUCCGAAACACUUGCUGCUUGGUGAAACCUCGACAUCAUCUGUUGCAGAAAGUCAAACGGUUAAAGUCAGUGAAGAGAAAUCUGGUGGAUCAAGUGAACUACAACGUGAUGGAAAGCCUGCAGAUUUACGCCGAAAACUAGAAAGAGCCAAUCGUGACUUAGAAGCACCAAAUACUGCUGCAAUAAUGAUGAAAUCUAGACAAAAUGAAAGUAAAGAUGCCCUACCACCAGCACCAACACCACCAUCACUGACUGACACGAAACCUAAAACUACUCCAUCCAUCUAUUGGUUGCCAUUAACUGCUGAACAGGUGAAUCAACGGACAAAAAAAGUUGCUGUUGAAAAAUCCUCCUCCUCCUCCGGCGUGAAAAAUGUCUCCAGUCGAAAUUCCUCCUCUCAUCAUCUAUCUUCUGAAGAGUCUGGACCUAGAGCUACACGCAGUCCGUUUACAAAUACCACCGCGAUCACCACUGCUGCUCCUCUUCCUCCUACUUCUACGACAUCCGGUGGUGGUCAAUCCUCUUUGCAUAAAACUGCUGUGAAAACUGGAUCAAAAGUUUCCAAUGAGAGGCGUUUGCCAACUGCAACUGCUACUACAAAGUCUAAUGAGACAGUAAAACAAACGACGGCUGCAAUUAAGAAGUCGACACAAAGUCACGCCUCAUCGUCUACUUCGGUUACUGCUGCCGCUAAUAAUAAUAAUAAACAUUCAACGGUACCAUCCGAUUCUAAAUUAUUGAAAUCGAGGAAUACAUCAGAUAUGAAAAGUGGUCAUCGUGUUGAUAUAGCUGAUAAACAGAUAUCACAAUUAUCUAAAUCAGAUGUUCAAUCCAAUACGUCGUCGUCAUUGAUAAAAAUGGAUGAUAAUCGGAGGAAAGAAUCCUCAUCUCCAACUCGUGCUCAGAAGCGUCCAUCCAAGACGAUAACAACUAGUGAUGAUAAGGAGAUUGUGCCGUCAAAACAAAGUCGAUCUAAUGUUACCUCUAGUAGUAGUGGUGAUUCAUCAGUUGUAGGCGGUGCUUUAGCAGCUUAUAAACGAAAUCAUGUCGGUUCACAACCAGAACAUCAUGAACAUCGUUCUGAACACCGAAGACGUUCAUCCAGUGGUCGUGGUCGUAGUCCUUCAUAUCGUAAAACAACAGCAACUGCUACCAGCUACAAAAGUUAUCGUCCAGAAAAUAUGCGUAUAAGAGAUAAAUUGUCUCACUCUCGUGGUGGUGGUGGUGAACGAUAUCGUUCACGGUCAACCGAUAGAAGGUAUCGAUCUAGAUCGAUUGAUCGAAGAAGUCGAUCUCGAUCACCGAUUGUUAGUCGACGGAAUCGAUCUCGAUCAACUAGUGGUGGUCGUGGUCGUGGUGGUAGUCGGAGAAAUCGUUCUCGAUCGUAUGGACGUAGAGAUCGUUCUUCAUCUUAUCGUUAUCGAUCACGACGCUAA